ACCACUUGACUCCUUCUUUAAUUAAUUUAAUCUAAUCUAAUCACAUCCCUCACUUAUAUUUAGGUUUCUCUUCCCCUAUUUAUACUCAACUAUCUCCCCUUCUCACUUCACAAGCCUGCCCAUUUUUACAUCUCAUUCUAGUUUUCCAUUGCGUUUUUAGGUCAAGAAAAAUACCAAUAAGAGAGAGUGUGAGAAUUCAUUCCCAUUCACCCACCCAUUCAUUCAUUUUCAAAACAAUCUUAAAUCCCAUUCAACCAUUCAAACGAGAGAGUUUUUAUUAUUUUUUACACCAUCAAAAGCAAUCCUAUACUUUUAUGGCCACUCGUGUUAUCCCUCCAAGAAUCCUAAGGAAACUCCGUUACAACACCGCCACAAAACCCUUCCAACCUUCUCUCACCUCCCCCACUCUCUCUCCUCCUUGUAAUAUUCUCGACCAAAAACCGCCCUCAACAACCACUCUCCUCCCUCCCGCCGUCGCGGAUCUCAACUUCCACGACGUUGAGAAACUCUUCACGUAUGUUCCAACCGCUAAUCUCCUCCGAUCAACCGCCGUUCUCCAUGCAACCGCAAUCGAACCCAUGGUUGAUCUCGGUACGUGGUUGAUGAGAUCCGAACUCAUGCAGACGGAUAAUCCUUUACGAAACCUCGCUCUCGCCGCCACUCGGUCGACGUUUUUCGAUCACUUUUGCGCCGGAGAAGAUGCUACCACCGCUGGUCAGAGUAUCGGCGGUUUGAAUAAAGCUGGUUUGCGCGGAAUGCUUGUGUAUGGAGUUGAAGAUGCGCAUGAUAACGAAGGUUGCGAUCGCAAUCUCAAAGGCUUUCUUCAUACCGUUGAUGUCAGCAGAUCGCUUCCUCCUUCUUCGGUGAGCUUUAUGAUUGUGAAAAUUACUGCAAUAUGUCCAAUGAGUUUGCUGGAGAGAGUUAGUGAUUUGCUGAGAUGGCAGAAGAAGGAUCCUUCAUUCAAUUUACCAUGGAUGCAAGAAACACUACCGAUUUUCUCGGAGUCGUCUCCUUUGUAUCAUACAAGGAAGAGACCGGCGCCUUUGACACAAGAAGAAGAAAGUGAUCUUGAGCUUGCAAACCAGAGAUUCCUUGAGCUGUGUGAGAAGUGUGUGCAAUUCAACAUCCCUUUGUUGGUUGAUGCAGAGCAUACAUCAGUUCAACCUGCUAUUGAUUACUUGACUUAUGCUGCUGCUAUUGUUCAUAACAAAGGAGAACACCCAACUGUGUUUGGAACCAUUCAAACAUAUUUGAAAGAUGCUAAGGAAAGGAUGUUGUUGACUUCAAAGGCUGCUGAGAAAAUGGGGAUUCCAAUGGGGUUUAAGUUGGUGAGAGGUGCUUAUAUGUCUAGUGAAAGAAAAUUGGCUGCUGAUUUAGGGUUUGCUUCCCCAAUUCAUAACUCUAUUAUGGAUACACAUAAGUGUUUCAAUGAUUGUACUAAUUUUAUGCUUGAGAAGAUUGCUGAUGGCCCUGGUGGAGUUGUUCUUGCAACUCAUAACAUUGAAUCAGGAAAAUUGGCUGCUGCAAAAGCACAUGAAUUGGGGAUAGGAAAAGUGAACCACAAGAUGGAAUUUGCACAACUAUAUGGAAUGUCAGAGGCACUUUCUUUUGGUUUGAGCAAUGCAGGGUUUCAGGUUAGCAAGUACAUGCCAUUUGGGCCUGUAGAGACUGUGAUGCCAUACCUCUUGAGAAGGGCUGAGGAGAAUAGAGGUGUGUUAGCUGCAUCAGGUUUUGACAGGCAACUUAUGAGGAAGGAGUUGGUUAGGAGACUUAGAGCAGCUGUGUUUUAAAUUUAAAUUUUGAGGAUGAGUUGAUGGGAUGUAAUAAAUGUAGGCAACAGGGUUCACAAUAUCUUUGUACAAAGUAGAGAAUCCUGGAAUUUGCUUGAGCUUUGUGCAUUCAAGUUGAUGAAAUGUGCAUGUUGUCUUAUGUCUUAUGUGUAUUCAUUUCACCUUUUUCUUGCUUGCGCAUUGUGUUCUUUGAAAUAAAAAGAGUUAUUUAUCAA